AUGUCAUAUAAUGAAGCUAAAGUAGACAAAGCUAUCGUCUUUAGAUUAGAUGAUUUAGAGAAAGCCACUUACCACUUUAACAUGAAUAGAGUUUUUGGAAGAGAUAUCAAAUCCACAAAUGUACCAUUGGAUGAAAAGUAUAGGGCAAAAAUUGCAGAUUUUGGAGCAUCCCGAGUAAUAUCUACUGAAGCUACUCAUCUUACAACAGUUUUCAAGGACGAUAAUCUGUCUGACAUUAUUGACAAAAGAGUUGUGAAAGAAGCAGAGAAGGGACAAAUCAUUGCCGUUGCAAAUCUAGCAAAAAGAUGCUUAAGAGUGAAUGGAAAGAAACGUCCAACUACGAAAGAAAUCACAUUUGAAUUAGCAAGGAUUCAUAGAUUGGUUAGGAAAAGUAAUGCAGAGAAAAACGGUGAAGAAAAUGAGCUUGCUUUGCAGGACAAAGAUGAUUAG